AUGGCGGUACAUUUCAGUGUGUUUGUAGUAGAAUUUUGAAUUUCUUUUCCCUCGUCAAAAAGUCUAUAAUUUAGCCUUAAGACUACAUAGUAAGCUUCCAGAAUUAUGGGGAAGAAGAAGGCGAAAGAACCAGAAACUCCAGCUAAAGACGAGUUUGACCCUCUGGAACUUGUCAGCAAGAAGCCCCACACAGUUGUUUUGAUGCUAGACUCUCCAGAGGAACAUGUUCUUCAGUCAGCUUGUGAAGCACUGCACAAGUUUGCAGAAAAGUGUGACGAGAACAGACAGGAAUUGUUGAACCUGGGGGCCUUAGAACCUUUGCUUAAACAAAUCAUGUCUGAAGACAAAGUGGUGAGAAGAAACGCUACCAUGUGCCUCGGGACCAUGGCUCAGAAUGCAAAUGUCAAAAAAGAACUUCGAAAGCUGUCUAGUAUUCAGCCUUUGGUAACAUUAUUGGGACCCGAUGAGGAUGUUUUGUGCCAUGAAUUUGCAAGUUUGGCUCUUGUAUCAAUGGCAGCUGAGUUUUCUUGCAAAGUGGAGAUCUUUGAACAAGGAGGCCUUGAGGCAAUUGUAAAGCUUCUGUCAUCUUCUGAUUGUGAUGUGCAGAAAAACUCUGUUGAGGCUGUCUCAUUAUUAGUUCAGGAUUAUCACAGUAGAUCAGCAGUAAAAGAACUAAAUGGGUUGCAGCCACUUUUAGCUCUGUUAGACUCAGAGUAUGCCAUCAUCCAACAGCUUGCACUGGAGUGUUUGAUUCAAAUUACACUUGAUGCUGACAACAGAGGAGCUUUGCGAGAUUUGGAAGGACUUGAAAAACUUGUUGAUUUUGUUGGAAACAAGGAAUACGAGGAUUUACAUGUGCAAGCAUUGCAAGUGCUGUCAAAUUGUCUUCAGGAUGUAGACAGCAUGCAGCUUAUUCAGACGUCUGGAGGAUUACAGAAACUUCUUGCUUUUGCCGCUGAAUCUAAUGUUCCUGAGGUGCAACAACAUGCGGCGAAAGCCAUUGCCCUCGCUGCGAAAAAUGGAGAAAAUCGUAAAAUCUUCCACGAGCAGGAAUGUGAGAAGACGUUGAUAAUCCUACUGUCCAUAGAGAGCCCUGGUGUCCAGGCCUCGGCAUCCUUAGCCCUUGCAGUUAUGUCUGAGAACCUUAGUAGCAGAGAUGUGAUUGGAAAACUUGAAGGUAUACCGUCAUUAAUUAAUCUACUUACCAGUGACAGCCCGGACGUGAGAGAAGGAGCGACUCUGGCACUAGCAAAUAUUACCACUGCCAACAGUACAAACUGCGGUGACGUGGUAGACAAGGGAGGAGUUGAUCCGCUGAUCACACUGCUCAAUGACGUUAAGCCUUCGGUUCAGGCUAAUGCAGCUGUUUGCCUCACCAACCUGGCAACAGAAGAGUCGUGGAGAUCAGAGGUGCAGCAAAGAGGUGUAGUACCUGCCCUUGUACAAGCUUUACAAUCCAAUGCGGCAAUAGUGCAGAGUAAAGCUGGAAUAGCAGUGGCAGCCUUUGUGUGUGAUGCAGACUCAAGAAACGAGUUUCGUGCCGAAGGCGGCCUUCCUCGGUUGGUAGAGCUGCUACGGUCAGGCAAUGAUGACGUACGGCGGAGCGUGGCCUGGGCCGUGUUACAGUGCGGCAAUGACCUGCCAACUGCGACUGAGAUUUGCAGACUGGGGGGAUUGGAUAUUCUAGGAGAGAUUUCUCUAUCAAACACCCGUCAGUCCGGCUUCGCUAAGGCUGCCAUGGAUUGUUUGCUGGAUAGCAACCUACCGGCCAAGUACGCCAUGACUGGCACACUGGGACCUAAUAACAUCAUUCAAGAUGGAUUUUAUGACUGUGGACCGAUGCGUCCUGACAGCAAGUUCCUAACUCUGGAGGAACUUAGUUCGUUGCCAACAGACGCACAUAGGCCCAUUCUUCUUGUUAACUCCAAGAACGCGGACAGGAAAACUCCUUCGCCCAUCCUUCUAAUACCCAAGGAGCCGGAGAAGAGCUUGGAAAAAUUGGCAAAAGGAAGCAAAUCUAACAAAGACCUGAGAAGCAAAAGUAAAACCAUGCGCGAACGAGAAGAACAGAAACAAAGGGAAGAGGAGGCCGCUUCAUCGGAGGUCUCAACCACGCAACAAGAUGAAGCGCCUAACUGGCAGCCCCCCAUGGAUGAGGUAUUUCAGGGGUACAUUGAGGAGGUACGAAACACUAUUCAGCCGUUAAACACGACCACAGAACAAGUAGAGGCUCUUGCAAGUUUUGUCAGUAAUAAGAUGGGCGGAUCGGUCGACAGAGAAUCCCUCUCCACCUUCAGCUAUGAGCUGCCAAUCGGUCAACUGAAGGUGGAGCUCAACUCCAACAUUAUUCCCAUCGGCAAGAUACAGACUGGAAUAUAUUAUCACAGAGCUUUGCUUUUUAAGGCUCUUGCUGAUCGCAUUGCUUUAAGCUGCUCUUUGGUCCGAGGAGAUUAUAACAGGGCCUGGAACGAGGUGAUGCUCUGUGACGAGGUGAAGGAUGGUCAACCUAAGUUCCCUCCAAAGAGUUACAUCGUCGAUCUUAUGCACAUCCCUGGACGACUGAUGAGUACUGACUCGCCCGAGGCCACUCUCUACCAAAGGCUUUAGCUUCAGAAUCAAGUUCAGUCAAAACUGAAGAGGACUUCACAAAGAAGUUUUGAAAUGACUUACGACAUUGCAAAGCUCUUCACACUCUCAACAACACUUGAGGAAAUCGCCUUGUAGAUCAGGGAAUUGAUGAAAUGUUUUCCGUCAGUGAAGUACCGUCACGAAAUUCCACCUCUAAGUCUUUUCUGCUGUUUUUGUUAAUUUGUAUCGAUGGAUUUAUACAAAGUGUAUGUUGCUAAGUUUUGUGUAAAGCUGAGAAGCUCGUAGUGCUUUUUAGAGGUUUGUUCUUAUUUUGUCAGUAUUUAUGGAAACUGGAAGUGUUCUUAUUGUAAAUAGUGUAUCAUAAAAACUUCAUAUUUGCA